UCGAAGUACAAAUAUCACCUCUUCAGGCUGUGGCUGAGCGGCUCUCCCCUUGAAGCGGAAGAGUGAGGGAACCAGCAUAUUUUUCAGUCCUAAAAUGACGUCGUUUGCGUUGUGCCCUCCGAUUUCCGUGCUAGGCUGUUCUUCCUCUAUCUCUCGGGUUUCCUUCCCAACUCGGCUAAACUCGCAUUUUCAUAAAAGCUAUUGUAAAUUUCAAGUCAAGUGCAGCUAUGCAGAGCCAAAUUUAAAGGAUGAUUACAAAUCUGCUGCAAUUGAUGUUGUUGCUGAUAUAAAGACUGAAAGGGUUGUAGUCCUAGGAGGAAAUGGGUUUGUUGGUUCUGCGAUAUGCAAGGCUGCUGUGUCUAAGGGUAUAGAGGUUAUAAGCCUAAACAGGUCAGGACGCCCGACUUACCCUGAUUCAUGGGUAGAUCAGGUUACUUGGAUAUCAGGAGAUGUUUUCUAUGCAAACUGGGAUGAAGUUCUAGUUGGGGCCACUGCUGUGGUUUCAACCCUUGGAGGUUUAGGCAGUGAAGAACAGAUGCUGAGGAUUAAUGGUGAGGCUAAUGUUGCUGCAGUGAAUGCUGCAAAGGAAUUUGGAAUUCCUAAGUUUAUCUUGAUAUCAGUGCAUGACUACAAUCUACCAUCAUUUUUACUCUCUUCUGGAUACUUCACAGGAAAGAGGAAAGCAGAGUCAGAGGUUCUUUCCAAAUAUCCAAACUCUGGUGUGGUGUUAAGACCUGGUUUCAUCUAUGGAAAAAGGAGAGUUGAUGGUUUUGAGAUUCCCUUGGAUUUAGUUGGGCAGCCAUUGGAGAGAAUUCUUCGAGCUACUGAGAACUUCACCAAGGCAUUUAGUUCUCUACCAGCGUCUGAUCUCCUCUUGGCACCACCAGUUAAUGUUGAUGAUGUCGCACUUGCAGUGAUAAAUGCAGUAACAGAUGAUGACUUCUUUGGCAUCUUUACAAUAGAGCAAAUUAAGGAAGCUGCACAAAAAGUAAAAGUAUAAUUAGUCUCAGUAAAUUGAAGUAGCAGUUAGUCUGAGUUCUGGGUAACAAAUGUCUUGUGAAGGUAUUGUUCACUCGAGCUAUCGUGAAGUUUCUCAACUCGUUGAACUACUGGCUGCCUUUAAAGCUAGUCGUUGAUCAAAAGUUCAUGUUAAUGUUUUUUCCUUUGUGAAAGGAAGUAGUUAUUCUCAUAGGCUGUACAAGGUAUUUGGAAUUAAUGUGUAGGUGCUUACUAAAGUGUAGUUGUUUUCGUGUAAUAAACUUAUUGAAUUGACCCGCAUGAAAAUCUAUAUAAAAAUUACAUGUCUAUGCAAAAAAGCUCACGUGAAUGUAAGUAGCUUUUUGACUUGA